CAUGGAUGAAAAGAAAGGAAAGGAAACUAUUCGCCAAUUAGAAGCGAGACAUAUUCCCAAGAGGAGUUCGGAUGAAGAGGAUGAAGAAAACGUCAUUAAAAAACUUGCUAAGCAGAAUAUAGGUGAUAUUUCUCCUCCUGCUUUACCAUCUCAACCUCCUCCGAUACCGCCCUCAUCUCCUCCACCAUUGGACGAUAAUCGUCCACCUUCCCUGUCUAAGGGAUUUUCACCGAUGAAUAUCCCAUCUGUUGAUGAGGAAGAGGAACCGUCACCAUAUCGUAGUGGACCACCACCAUUGGCCGAUGAAGAAGUAUUCUCAGAGGAGGAGGAACACAAGUUUGAAAUAAAAGAAUAUCAGAAAAGUGAACAGAAAUUUAUUCCGGAAGAUGUUGAAACUAUGUCAAGAGUUAUACACGAUUUAGAGGAAAAAGAUGUUGAAAAAGAGGAAAUAAUUGAUGCAUCGACGGUUGCCACAAUUGAUGAUUCUGAAACACCUUCCAUACGCGUUCAAGGAUUGUCAGAUAACCAGAAUGCUCAAGAUGACGACAGACAGCACGAUUUUGAUGAUGAAGAUAUAGUGGAAGAUAAUGACAGUUCGGCAGUUAAAACCGAUGAUGACGAAAGUGACGCUAAUGCAGAGGAUAACAAGUUAAGAGAUACGGUUGUAAAUGGUAAACAAGGAGACAAAGUUCAUGAAAAUGGGCUAAAACUAGAGAAAGAACAGGAAAGAAAACAAGAAAUUAACGAAGAUAUAGAAAAAGAAGAACUAACAAAAGAAAGAGAAGAUUGCAAACUAAACAAAGAAGAAGAGAGCGAACAAUUAGCAAUUGAUGAAACACAACAAAACGAAAUGUCCAAUCUAUUGGAUAAACCGGAUUGUAAAGGAGAAAAUGUUGUUCCCAUGGAAACCAGUUUAAGUGAAGAUAAGUGUUCAGAGUUAUCAAAUAGCGACGUCAGCCAAGAAAAGAAUGAUCACGAACUAACCAGUAGUCGUGAUGAUGAUUCUCACAACGGUAGCCUUGAAACUUCGUCUUGCCUCAAUUCUACUGUGGAGUCUUCCAAGCAAGGAGACUCUUCCAUUGAUGAUAUAAAAAUUACUUCCCCAUUAUUGAAUUUAACGGCUGAAAAGGCCAGAGCUUCAUUGAGGUUACCUGGAAGGAAAAAACCUACCCGUGCCUCUGUUGCAACGGGUACCGUUUUUAGCACUGUUGAUAUAAAUUUAAAUGAUAAGCUUCCCAAAACCGAAAACGAUAUCAAAGCUAAUGGCCAUGAUAGUGAACCCGUUAAGAAACAGAAGCCUAAACUGCCACCAGGAGCCGUUCCAAUACCGUACAUACCCCCAAAACCCAAAGAUGAUACCCCGCCGAAGUUGAAAGCAACGAAAUUUGGAGUACCAAUCAUGCCCAUGUCUAUGUCGGCUACUAUUGCAUCAGCUGUAAAAGAGAAGGUAACAAAAGCCGAAGCAGUCGAGGAGCAGGAGACAAGUAAGAACAAUGAAGAUAAACAAACCUUCAUAAAAACAGACGACAUCGAAAAAAUAAUCAAGAAAAAUAACACAAACGACAAUCAUUCUGGAUCCCCAUUACCUUCUUCAAAACCAGUCCCAGCACCUCGUCGACCGAAGCCCGUUUUAAGGAAUGUUUCUCAAGAGGAGGCAAAUUCUAGCGUUCCAGCUUGGCAAUCUUCUUUGAGGCCGCGUCCUGUUGUUGCACCUAAACCUGUGUCUAGAAAAGAUGAACAACCAGCUUGGAUGCAAAAGGCUAAAGAGGUGGCUGAUCGAAAAUCUGCGAUUAUUACGGACACAACUGAUACAAGUGCCAAUGGAAGUAACCAACCCGUUUUCAAAUCGGAAGUAAAGGAAAAUACAACAGAGAAACCCCAAUGGUUAAAGGAAUUAGCUAAAAGGCGCGUCAGUAAGCCACAAAUUAUGGAAAAAUCAAAGACUGAAGACCAAGAGGACGAACUGCAAAAAGAAUUUAAAAUGAGAAGACAGAGGGUUAAGGAGAAAAUUAGAAAAUAUAGUGCCACUAAAAGGCCAUCAAUAGAUGAAGGUUUAUUGGAAGGUGAACAUUUGGAUGAUCGAGACGAGGAGAUUCAAAAUAUAAAUGAGGUUAACUAUCCUCAUCUUACGGCUGUUUCUUGCUUAAAAUCAAUUAACUAA